GUAGAGUGCAAAACACAGCCCAGGAGUUUUGACUUGUGUUGGCUUUCUGAGAAGUUCGAAGCUAUGAAAGGAAUUACUGUGCUUCUUUUUCUGUUACAGGCUACAGCUGUAAAGACAGCUGAUAACCUGCUUGAUAUGAAAGUUGUUGUCAGUCCCCAAGAAGGUUAAGACGGAAAGCACCUGGACAUGUUCUGGUACUGGACAGGACCAUUGCGUGGAUCUUCUGGCUCCAGUGUGCACAAACUCAGAAGGAGGUGCCUGGGCAGUCGAAACCAUUUUUAUACCGUCUCUGGUCAUUACCGACUCGUGAGCCUCAACAAAGAAAUUGGCUCAGUCUUUGAAGAUGCGCUCUCUCCUAGUACCUACGCCAUUCACCAAAUCUUCUAUUAAAGCAAUGAAUGUAAAUGCAAUGUAAAGAGAGUUCAGCCGUAGCAAUGGAGGUCUAAGCUAUGAUUUGUACGCCCGAUUAACUCCAAUUAAGCACUAAUUAAUCAGAAUUACCCGAAUGAAACAGCACCAAUUUCAAUGUUGAAUCCAGUUGUGUUUUUUAUAUGACAUGAAUAAUUGUAAUAUUCAAUUGGCUUAUUAAAAUAAUUUUCAUUCAUUCAUUUUCCUAACCCGCUUAUCCUGAACAGGGUCGCAGGGGGGAGCCUAUCCCAGCAUACAUUGGGCGAAAGGCAGGAAUACACCCUGGACAGGUCGCCAGUCCAUCGCAGGGCACACACACCGUUCACUCAUACACUCAUACCUAUGGGCAAUUUAGACUCUCCAAUCAGCCUAACCUGCAUGUCUUUGGACUGUGGGAGGAAACCAGAGUACCCGGAGGAAACCCAUGCAGACACGGGGAGAACAUGCAAACUGCGCAAGGAGAGGCCCUGGCUGACAGGGAUUCGAACCCAGGACCUCCUUGCCCUUCCCACUGCACCAUCCGUGCCGCCCUAAAAUAUGAAUAUGAAUGAGUUUAGUGUUAAUGUGUCUAAUUUUAUCCAGUAAGAAAUUAUGGCCAGUUUGCCACUGUAGUGACAAAGCAGUUUUAUUUGUCAUAUUUAUUUCUACUGUACCUAACAAUUCACCCCAACUGGUUACCUGUUAGACCCAGUCUGGACCCUGGCUUGGACUUCAAAGUUUAUGAAUGAAGCCUUGAAGCGAGAGAUUAAUCUUUCCCUUUCAUUCUUAGUGUGUAUUUUCUUUUGGAGUUUAUUUUUAUGUAGUCCUUUAUAUUAUCUGUUACGUGGAAAUAAAAUGUAAGAUUACUUUAUUCACUGACAUAGACACACACACACAGACAGUUGUCCUUGCAAAGUUUGAUUGCAGACCUAAGGAUUUAGUGCUGUAUGUGCAGUACAUGUUUCCAGUUGUAUAGGAAAGUCCUUAGAAUAUAAUGCAAUACAUAUUUCUGGUCAUUAAACAAAUAUUAUCCUGCCUUCACAACACUACUAAUGAUUGUUGAUGUUCCCCACAGGGUCACACUCUCUCUGGGCAUUUGCAACAUUUAUAUAUGGACAGACCCAAUUCCCAGAAUUCAGUGUAGUGGUUAUGUUGGAUGAUAUUCAGGUGCUAUACUAUGAACACAACAUGAAGACAGUGAUCUUUCGAAGCCAACCAAGAAAUGUUCCAGAUAUUAUCCUUGAAGGUGCAAAGAUUGUGAUGGAAGACAUUUAUAAUUACAUGAGAAGUCCAGCACACCGUGUAAACCUCCUCUCCAAUCAUGCUGCAGGAGUUCAUGUUCAUCAGGGGAUGGGUAGAUGUAUGCUGGACAAUGACAAGCCCAGCCUGGUCAUGGUUUGGGAAGCUUAUGAUGGAGUUGAAGUGACACAUUACGACAUGCAUGCUUGCACAGUCAACCCUCUAUGGCCACAGCUUAUGUGGACCACAAAGAAAGAAGAAUCCUAUCUAAUGGAUUAUACAAAUGUUUAUCAGCCUAUUUGUAUCAAAACACUGAAGUACUAUAUGGAGAAAGAGGAGAACAUUGUGUUUAGAAAAGAGCGCCCCAGAGUCAGGCUGAUCCACAAGCCAUGCACUGAGACUGGAGAAAUGAAGGUGAGCUGUCUGGCCACGGGCUUCUACCCCCGACACAUCAACCUGACCAUGCUGAGAGACGGGCAUCCCAUCCCAGAUGAGGCGCUGAUUCUGGGGGAGGUGUUACCCAAUGGAGACGGGACCUACCAGACAAGGAGGACCCUGAGUAUCCGUUCAGAGGAACUGAGAGAGAGACAUCAUUACACCUGCUCUGUCACACACCUUACACUGGACAACAAGCUGGACAUUAACUGGGAACCAGAGGAAGGCUCAGAUGUUGCAGUCAUCAGUUCUCUGGCUGUAGUGCUGGUGCUGGUUCUAGUCUUUGCCGUCCCUGCAUUUGUCAUCUAUAAGAGGAGACGCAGAGACACUGCAGUUUCCUAGACCUCCUUGAGAGUUUACCCUGCAUCAUGGCUGCUUGCUAAAGUUUCAGAGUCAGACACAGCUUCAUGCUCCUCUAUCUUCACGCCACAAAUGCAGGCUAUUAUCUGUGCAUAUACAUAUAUGCUACAUAUACAGAGAGAGUGAGAGACGGCCGUCCAGCCAAAUGGAGGAACCGGGCAAGAAGGACUUUCAUCAGGGAGGUUACCAAGAACCCAGCGGCAACUCUUCGCAAGUCCUCUGCUGAGAUGGGAGAACCUGCUGGAAGGACAACCAGCACUCCAAGCCUUUAUGAUAGAGAGACAUCUAUUCUGUCAUCUCCUGUGCCAUAUUCCUUGGGUGUUCUUUCUGGUGUGGUGAGGUUAAAGGUGAGAAUCGUCUUAAGAGCUGCACUUGAAGUAAUGUGGGAGGAGCUUCACGUGUGGGCAAACCUAACUGUAGGCAGACCCCUUCUGACAAACCAUUCCAGUCCAAGUCCAAGUGGAGGCUUUGCACUGUGGUGAGUUGCAAAACUGUCAAAAGAUAAUAUAUUAUCUCAAUAUUUUAUUAGAUAAGGUUCUUUCAGAUUAAGGUUGAAAAUAUUUACUGGAGUAAACAUGUGAAAGUGUGUUGUGGUAUUUCUUAUGGGCUUGUUUUAUCCUCAACAUUCCUGACUCUUCGUAGUUAUAUUUGAGUAUUGCUACACUCCUCUAAUCUGUGUCUACUGUAUGUCUCCAAGAGGCAGAGCUGGAGAAGGAGCCUAAUUUAUUGAUUGGAGUACAUCGGGAUAACCUAUAAUCAAGUGUGUGUGCGAACGAAUGAUUCAGAGUUGAGGCUGGUCAAGAAACAGCUGUGCAACCAAUUGUCCAAUUACUUUUGUUCCCCUAAAAUGUGGGAAAUAUGAAUAAAAGAGCUGUAAUUCUUACAUGACCUGAUAUGGAUUGAAAUACCUGACUGUUUUAAAUGUAAAUUAUUUUUCUCAAUGCCUUUUCUGGAUUUCAGUUUCUGAAUGCCUUUUCUGGAUUUUAAAAUGGCCAUUUUCUUUCAUUUUGUGUUUUAACUGUACUGAUGCUUAAACUGUUUCUUGGCUGAUGCAUGGUUUGCUGAUGUGAAUAACUCCGAUUUAUCCAAAAUAAUCAUGAAAACGCAUGAAAAAUCAUGAUCUCGUCUUGUUAUGCUCACAAUUUGAACCAUCAUUCCAAAAAACAUCCCAAGAACUAUGGCGAGUUUCUGCCACGUCUUUUGUAAAUUGUGUGUGUUAUUCAGAGGUACUCCAUGGUACUGGGGCUUGUGAAAAUGGACACCAGUCUCCUUCAUCAGCCUGGCUCAUUUUUGGCAUUUGCACAUUUGCUAAUUGUGAUGGGUAGUACAUUGUGACUAAUCUGUAAUAUUGAUAAUGGCUAUAAUGAGAUGAAUGAUAUUGGAUUGUAAAGUAAUCCCUAGUAAUCUGUAUUUCGAUAAUGUUCCAUUGUUUGAUGAUUGAUUCUGCCUUCAUGAAUUAUUAUUUUUUAAAUAUAUAUAUGUAUAUGGACGUAUGUAAGCAAUAUUUCAUUUUUUUCUUUGUCCACGUUUGUGGGGAAAAGAGAUCUGGCGAGUGUUUGAAAAGCUUCACAGAUCAAUGGUACCCAUCCCUGACCUGUCUUGGGGGUUAAAGCUGAACAGGAUCGAACUCAGAUAGGAUCUCAAUAUAGGCACACAGUAACCGAUUGUAAAUUAUCUUGAGCUUCCAGUCUUUUUUAAUUAUUAUUAUUUUUCAUUAUUGUACAAGUAAUAAAUGAUUUUAAAAAAUUGUA